AUGAAGAACAACUCGAAUCCUCGCACCGUCGCGGCGGAUGCACUCGCUGCUGAUGCGGCUGACGGUGUCGCUGGCUGUAGCGACGCGUGCACCGCCGAGCCUAGCCUUGCCGAUGUCAAGGAGUUUGUCAAGAACUUGCUAGAGAAGAAGGUCAGUCUUGAGAUUACCAUCCAGGAAGCCAUGCGGUUUAGCAACAAGUACGGUCAGAACCUUGUCACCAGCAUCGUCCGCAGUUGGUUCCGCACCUCGUGUCGGCACAGAUGCCUGUCCUGUCCCAACGAGUUCGACAAGAAGCGCGAUCUCGUUGCACACGUCAGGGAGAGCAAGCACCAUAAAGGCGUCAAGCAACGGAUCAAGGCCGAAAAGAAGGCGAACAUGGCCGAGUUCCACAAGCGGGUCGACGGCAAGACGCCGUGCGAGUACUCGGACGCCGAGCUCGCCACGCUGGUCAACAUCCUCCUCCCCACGGCUUUCCUGGAGGAGCUGUUCCGGCGAUCCAGGGCGGUGUAACCGGCUGCUUCACGCACGUCCAAAGCCGACGGGCUGGUCCAGAAACUGGUUCAGCUUGGACGCUGUCUCCUCGGCGGAUGCGUACGACCGCGGCAGACGGAUCUUGUUGGUGCAGACCGAGGCUGUCGGGAGGGCGCCGUUGGACGCGUUAAACGCCACGCAGACA